AGCCUGCUCCUCUCUCUCAGCCUGCGCCCCGCGAGGGCGCGCCGCGCGCGCGCGCGAUGGGCGGCGGCAAGAGGAAGAGCGGACCGGGCACGGCCGGCGAGAAGCAGGAUGCUGGCGGUGAGCUCCGCGUCCUGGAGACCCCGGAGGAGGUGCAGGAGCUCGUCUCCGGGAAGCGCGUGCUGCACGUCAAGGGCUUCGGCGCCGGCCUCGGGAGCCCCCCCGAGGGCCAGGGCGUCGCGCAGCAGCAGCGGCAGGACGAGGCCGCCGCCCAGGCCAUCUCGCGCUUCCGCCCGGACUUCCUGGUGGUCGACGGCGACCCCUGGAAGGAUGGCUUCCAGCGCUACGUCAAGGCUUACGCGGACAGGAGGGCCGGUGCCGGGCUGGCGGUGCCGGAGCUCGUCUGGGUGAAGAACGUCCAGGGGAGCGCGCCCGGCCCCGAGGAGCGCGCGAAGCGCCUCGGGCAGGCCCGCGAGUGGGCCGACCAGGGCCUGCCCGUGGUCGUCUCGUGGCUGCCGGAGGCCUCCAUCUGCGAGGGCGUGGACAGGCUGUUCGGGGCGGGCUGCUGGGAGAAGCUGGAGGAGCUGAAGCACAGCGUCAGGGGCGCGCUGAAGCUGCUGGAGCUGGCCGAGGAGGAGAGGCCCGACUGGCUCCGCGGGCUCUCGGGCACCGCGCCGGGGCGCGAGCUGUACAGGGCCAUCGAGGAGUUGGAGGGCAGGUCCGAGCAGCCGUACUUCUCGAAAGUGCAGCUUCGAGAACGCCGCGAAGGGCAACGCGAUCUACCAGCACCUGCGGGGAGAGGGCCGCACGCCAGCCGCACACGGGGCCGUGAGCUUCGGGGGCGGCGAGAGCGUGCUGCUGGAGUUCGCGACCCUGUACUUGUUCCCCGGCUCCGGCUUCGACGCCGACCAGGCCGCCCUCUUCCCGUUUGGCCGCGGCAGGCCUUCCGACCCCAGGCUGCCCCGGCACGAGGGCGAGGCCUUCCGCUCCCGCGGGGAGGCCCCGGAGCCGGAGGAGGUGCAGGAGCGUCAGCCGCAGCCGCAGCCGCAGCCGCAGCAGCCGCAGCCUCAGCCGCAGCACCCGCGGCCAGAGCGGCAGGAGCAGCCAGAGCGGCAGUCUAGGCAGGGGCCGCGGCCGCCGCGCCACGGGUGGGCGCGCUGGUUCUCGGUGGGCGCCCUCGCCUACGGGCUCGUGAACGUGUUUUUCUUCGACACGGCCCGCGCGUUCUUCUUCCGCCA